UGUGCCCUCCCUGUCCCUCAAGGCACAGUGGCUCUGUCACCUGGGCCCCCACAGCUGCCCAGGCCAUGGCACUGUGGUUGAGACCCCCUGACCCAGAGCUCUGUCUCCACAGAGCUGCUGCAGUGAUGUGGAGCAGCAUCGCCUCCUCAGGAACAGCAAUAGAGAAGGUGCUGCCCACACUGCUUGGAGCAAUGGAGGAAUGGCCAGUGCACGGCGUGUCCACAUCUGAUGACACCAACACAGGCAUCUUUGCCCUGGCUGCAACCCUGGCACUGUGGCACAUCAUCCAGGAGCCUGAAUGCGAAGAGGCCAUGAUCAGUCAUGCCCCACACCUCCUCUUGUCUCUGCUCUUCCAAAUUUCCAUGAGCACAGAGCAGAUGUCAGAGGAGGUCGAUGCUUUCUGGACGCAGUGCCAGGAGGAACAUGGCCUUCCCACCAACCCCAGCAGGUUUGCAGUACAGACCCUGAAGGCUCUGCUCUGCCGCCUGCACUGGGAGAAUGAGGUGGUGGCCAUUGAACAGAAGUGUGGCUGGGAGACACUGCUGUGUCCUGACACCCACCAUUAUGCAGUGGGACUGCUGGCCAGGGAGAUGCGACGUGUCCUUGUCCCCUUCCAUUGCGAGAUGGCAAUUCACCUGCUCGGGCUGCUCAGCAGGGAGGAACCCCACUGGGAGCUCCCUGCCCUGGCGUUCCUUGUAGAGAUUCUAGACUGUGUGGAUGGGAGAAAGUGUAACGACACAGUUCUGCCCAUCCUAUCAAGGAACUUGCAGAGCCUGUGCCCUGAGAGGCAGCGCCUGGCACUGAGAGGCCUCCUGGUUCUCAGUGUGGAUCCCUUGAUGGCCGACAGCAUCUGCAGCCUGGCUGAAAGCCUCCUGGAGCUGCUGCGUCAUGAAGAUGUAGAGAUGGUCGAGAUGACCCUCUCUGUCUUCCUGAACAUGCUCCAGGAUGAAGACCUUCAGGCAUUCGGCUCUGCUGCCCUGAAGCUGGCUGAGGAACUCCAGCCACUGUUUGAUAAUGACAACAGCCAUGUGCAGCUGCUCUCCAUUCGCCUCUUCCGAGAGGUGAUGGAGUUGGUAGUGGAAGAGGGAAAGGAGACACUUGUGCACCAGAGCCUGGUGCCGCUCCUCUUCCACUGCCAUGACGAGACCCAGUGCGUGGCAGAGGUGCCAGCCAUUGUGAGGUACAUCCACCAGUGCCUCACCUUCCACCUGUCUCCAGAUGUCAGGCAGCACAUUGACAUCCGCAGGCUCGCUGACAGAAACCCUCAUGAGGUCGUGAUGACUCUGCUGGGCUGUGCCCCAGAGUGUGACAGAGCUGCUGCAGUGAUGUGGAGAAGCAUCGCCUCCUCAGGAACAGCAGUCGAGAAGGUGCUGCCAACACUGCUUGGAGCAAUGGACGACUGGCCAGUGCACAGCGCUGACAUCUCUAAUGCUGAAAACAACACAGGCAUCUUUUCCCUGGCUGCAACCCUGGCACUGUGGCACAUCAUCCAGGAGCCCAAAUGCAAAGAGGCCAUGACUAAUCAUGCCCCACACCUCCUCUUGUCUCUGCUCUUCCAAAUUUCCAUGAGCACAGAGCAGAUGUCAGAGGAGGUCAAUGCUUUCUGGAGGCAGUGCCAGGAGGAACAUGGCCUUCCCAACAACUCCAGCAGGUUUGCAGUACAGACCCUGAAGGCUCUGCUCUGCCGCCUGCACUGGGAGAAUGAGGUGGUGGCCAUUGAACAGAAGCGUGGCUGGGAGACACUGCUGUGUCCUGACACCCACCAUUAUGCAGUGGGGCUGCUGGCCAG